GGUUACCUCAAUCACAAUGCAUUACAUUUACAACAACAAUGUUCCUUCCAGAUUCUUCCACAACGUUCCAUCAUCAUCACUUUCAGUGGGCGCACACCUUCUCUAUUCUCUCUCAUAUAUUCACUCCGAUUCCACCUUCAUCUUCCAUUCCUCUGCAACAAAACCACCACCACUUUCCUCUCUUUCAAUGGCUUCUUCUGACUCCGACGCAGCUGAGAUUUCCUCUCUCUUCGAACGCCUUUUCAGAACCAGAGACGUCUCCAUGUUCUUGCCCUUCCUCUUCGGCUUAUCAGAAUCAAGAAACAGCGACGACCCAGAUCAGGAAACUGAGAGUGAAGAAGGUUUCCAGCGUCAAAGAAUCAUCUUGGUGAACCCCUUUACACAGGGCAUGGUGGUGAUUGACGGUGCUUCGAGUUUGGAAGCUCUGUUUCGUGAGCUUGGGAGUGCUGCUAACAAGGGUGGUAGGCCACCGGCUUCCAAGGAAUCUAUAGAUGCUAUGCCGAGUGUUGAGGUUGGAGAAGGAGAUGAUGAUGAUGGGGAGUGUGUGGUUUGUUUGGAGGGGUUUGAGGUUGGUAAGGUGGUGAAAGAGAUGCCUUGUAAGCAUAGGUUUCAUCCUGAUUGUAUUGAGAAGUGGUUGGGGAUUCAUGGGUCUUGCCCUGUUUGUAGGUAUGAGAUGCCUGUUGAGGAGAAAGAUGUGGGCAAGAAGGGAGAUGAAGAGGGAGAAGAAGGGGGAGAAGAGAGGAGGAGGGUUGGUGGUGAAGUUUGGGUUAGCUUUUCUUUCAAUGGAAGUAGCAGAAACCAGGAACCAAAUCAAGCUCCUUCUCAUGAUGAUUCAAGUGAUUCUUCAUCUAGUCCUAGAGGUGAUACUGAGGUAGAAGAGAGUUGAAGAAGUUUUUUUGUGAAGUUAGGAUGUUCUUUUUAGAGAAGAAUAUGUACAGAAAAAAAAUGCACAAAAUUGUUCUUAGAUGUUUUUUUGGGAAUAAAUAAGUUGAUGAAUUUUAAUUUUUUUA